AUGGUUCAGCGGAAUGUGAAUAACAGCAACCAUAGCCACAACCAUAACCAUAAUCACAACAAUGUGUGCAACUGCAAGCACUCUCCCUCCGCCACCUUGGACCUUCUCAUUCUCCUCCUCGUCCUCUUUUCGGGGGCAUUCCUCCUCUCUUCCUAUUUCUCAUACAUCUUCCACUCCCUCUCCCUCCUCCUCCCCUCCCUCCCUCUCUCCUACCUCCUCCCCUUCUUCCUCUUCCUCGCCCUCUCUCUAGCUGCCGCCGACUUCUGCUGUGGCCCCCGAUCCCGCCGCUGUCAGCGCUCCGGGUGUAAGGGCCUCAAAAAGGCCAUGGAGUUCGAUUUGCAGAUUCACCGCUUCGGCUCGGCUCCCUUCCCCGAUGCCUCCGCCGAAAUCGACCGCCUCCCCUGGAAGGGCGGCACCGAGGCCAACCCCGAUUACGAGGGCCUCCGCUCCGAACUCCGCAAGAUGGCUCCUCCUAACGGCCGCGCCCUCUUGCUCUUCCGGGCGCCCUGUGGCUGCCCUGUCGCCAAACUCGAGGCCUCCGGUCCCAAAAAGGGCAAACGCCAUAAGAGGCGACCUCCAAGUGAGUCCUACGAUUCUGGCACAGCAGACUAUUGCAUUGUGGGUUUCAAUGGAAAUGCAGGUGUGACAUGA